CGCGACGUUUUUCCCCACAGGAAAUUCCUCCCCGCCGCUGGUGGCUGUAGGGAAGAAAGACACUCCUUCGCAAGAGGUACAGCGGAGCGAAGCGAUGCAGGGUAAACAAGAAAAGAAGGAUGUCGAUACCGCACCGAAGGCUUCGAAAGAGCCCCAAAAAAUAGCACCUGAAAUUUCCACCGGAGGUCAGCAAAUUUUCUGGCCGGCCGCAAAGGCGACGCGCGGCCGAAGUCGAAGAGGUGCUUCUAAGAGAGGGAAGUCAAGAGAACGAAAGCAGCAGAAAAAGGAUCUUGAGAAAGCGGCUCCUGCGGUGUCGAAUACGGAAGAUCUUGGUUGGCCGACUACGACGAAAAUUGGAAAUGCGAGUCCAACAGCAAGUGCUCAGGAGGCAAUAGCAGCGUGGGACGCGUUUGCAGCACCUGAUUUGACGAAGGCCGCAUCUUUACCUGCUGAGGUUAAGGAUGAUUCUGUGGCGAACAAAGGGAAAGAAAGUGAGGGUUCAGCUGAGCAGAAGAAAACUAUCACUCCAACUCUGCCGAUUCCGUCAAAGCAAAACUCAUGCAGCUCGAGAGAGAGCUCGCUGGUUUCGUCAACAGCGGUGGACAAAGUUGAUACGCCCGAGUUGAAUCCUCCAGAAGUGUCAGAGGUACCUAUGGCGGUGACCUCUCUUUCGUCUACUACGUCGGGGAGGAUGAAGAUCUCCUUGAGAUGGGAGGAUGUGAAGGAUUUGUACGGCUCUGACAAACAGGAGGCGAAGAAAGCCAUUGAGAAACAGUUCGUUGAGGCUGUAUCCUCGUCACUUCACAUAGACCCGUCGAGAGUUCGAGUCAAGAAUGUUGUUGUAUAACUGUACACUGUUGUUGUUACUGUUAUUAUUUCAAUACAG